CCUCUCUUACCAAUAAGAACAAAACCACACAAUAUUCUCUAUUUCUCUUCUCUCAAAGUUUUAUUUCUUCCAGUGUCAAUCAAUCGUCAAUCGUGUAAGCUAAGGUACCAGUAGUGAAGCAGGUAUGGACUUUGAUGAGGAGCUAAAUCUUUGUAUUACAAAAGGUAAAGGUAUUGAUCAUUCUUUAGGAGAAGCUUCCUCCACGUCUCCAAGAUCUAUGAAGAAGAUGAAGAGUCCUCCUAAUCGACCUAAACCUUAUCUCCAGUCCUCUUCUUCUCCUUAUUCGUUGGGGGCUUUCCCUUUUUAUCUCGAUCCAACAAUGCAAAACCAACAACACCAAUUCGGAUCAUACGUUCCGGUUGAGCAACAAUAUGACCCAACAAUGCAAGGACAGAAGAAAAUGAUCUCGUUUAGUCCUCAACAACAACAACAGCAGCAGCAGCAGCAGUAUCUGGUCAGAUACUGGAGAGACACAUUGAAUCUGAGCCCAAGAGGACGAAUGAUGAUGAUGAACCAAGAAGGUGUUCAACCCUACAGCGCAACCAAGCUAUACAGAGGAGUGAGACAACGUCAAUGGGGAAAAUGGGUCGCAGAGAUCCGUAAGCCACGAAGCAGGGCACGUCUUUGGCUCGGUACUUUUGAUACAGCUGAGGAAGCUGCCAUGGCCUACGACCGCCAAGCUUUCAAGCUGAGGGGUCAUAACGCAACGCUUAAUUUUCCCGAGCAUUUCGUGAAUAUGGAAAACGAGGUGCAUGAUUCAAACUCUUCGCCGCAUCAGAAACAAGAUGAAACGCCACAGCCAAGCGAGGUUAACUUGGAAAGCAAGGAAGUAGCAGUGGCUGAUAAUGAGAGAGAGGAAGGCAUGGCUGAAGCGUGGUACAAUGCAGUCACAUCAGGAUGGGGUCCUGAAAGUGCCCUUUGGGAUGAUUUGGACAGUUCUCAUCAGUUUUCAGAAAGCUCAUCUUCUUCUUCUUCUCUUUCUUGUCCCAUGAGGCCUUUCUUUUGAAAAAAGGUUCUAAUCCCACAUUGUAGGUUUUUAGUUUAGGUUUAUGUGCUCAUUGGCAUUUGGAUGGAGACAGUUUUGGUGAUCUCCCACUCCACACAUGACACAUCAGUCAUUAUAUAUCUCGACUUUCUCCCUAUGUUUCCUAUUAUCAUUAGUCUUUUUUUUAUUUUUUUAUAUCAUCAUUAGUAUAUUAUAUGUGUGUAAGAGUGUUUGAUUAUGGCUACAUACAUAGAUGUCCUCUUUGUCCAUCGAGUUUGUUUGUUUAUCUAUAAUUUUACAAUUUGGCACUGUCAAAUAUUCUCCAGAGGUUGUAUUCAUUGACCUCUGCGGCUAUCAUGGAAGAUCUUUGGGCA